AUGCGGUGCUGUAAGGUCCGGCUGUGGUGUGACUGUCCCUUCUGGCCGGACGACGGCAUGUGCCACUCCAGGGAUUGCUCUGUGGGAGAGUGCAAGGACCAUGUGGUUCGUCUGUGGUGCAACUGUCCCUUCUGGCCAGACGAUGGCAUGUGCCACUCAAGGGACUGUUCUGUGGGGGAGUGCAAGGACGACGAGGUCCCCCCCGCCCUCCGCUGCCCCUCCCCGCCCGCACCCUCGCUGCUCCCUGCUGACGUGGACGAGCCACGCGACGCUGACCUGGACCCGAGUGCGGAUGAGUCAGCAUCGGCUGAGUCAGCGGCGGGGUCGGUGGAUCGAACGGUGGAUCGGAGCGCGUUCCAGGCGUGGGUGGAGGCGGAUAACCCGUGGACGUCCGAUGAUGAGAGUGACACAGCCUCCCAAGUGUACGUGAACCUAGCCCUGAACCCAGAGCGCUACACGGGGUACGGGGGCGAUUCAGCGCGGCGCAUCUGGCAGGCCAUCUACCAGGAGAGCUGCUUCCAGGACGGGACGAAGGAUGAAUGCACGGAGAGGCGGGUGCUUUAUCGGCUUAUGUCCGGGCUGCACCAGGCUAUAUCAGUGCACGUGGCUGCUUCACAAAUAUGGGACUCGGCAGCAGGACAGUGGGGCCCCAACAUCACCAUCUUCCAUCACCGCGUGGCCAAGUUCCCUGAGCGCCUCGCCAACCUCUACUUCACAUUUCUCUUUGUGCUGCGAGCUGCCACCAAGGCAGCGGAUUUCUUGUCACGGGCGUCGUACAACACAGGGAACCCUUUAGAGGAUACACAGACGGCAGCGCUGGUGCAGCAGGUGGUGCGAAAUCAGAGGCUGCAGGCGGCUUGCCCUCUGCCGUUUGACGAGGCGAGGAUGUGGCGAGGGGAUGAAGGGCCUCAGCUCAAGCAGACGCUGCAGGGGCACUUCAGAAAUAUAAGCCUGAUCAUGGACUGUGUUGGGUGUGAGCGCUGCUGCCUGUGGGGCAAGCUGGAGAUUCUCGGGCUCGCCACAGUUCUUAAGAUCCUCUUCUCAACCACUCUCUAUUGCUCUCUACCACUCCCCACCCCUUCCCACCGCAGCCUUAUCAUGGACUGUGUGGGGUGCGAGCGCUGCCGCCUGUGGGGUAAGCUGGAGAUUCUUGGCCUCGCCACGGCCCUCAAGAUCCUCUUCUCUGUUGACGGCAACGGUCACGGGAAUGGCAACGGUGGCAACGGUAAUGGCAAUGGGAAUGGCAAUGGUGGCAAAGAACAUGGGUAUGUGCAGGGGCAUGGAGCGGAGCAGUUGAGUCUGCAGCGCAAUGAGGUGGUGGCUCUGUUCAACACGCUCUGGCGCUUCUCCCAUGCGCUCAAGACCACUGCUGAGCUCGUCACCCUCCUGGAGAUGAACCCUCCCCCGGAUGUACCUGCGAUGGGAGCAACACCGGUAGCGACUCUGUCUGGUGGUGCUGGUAGUGGUGGUGGUGGUGGUGGUGGUGGCAGUGGGAGUGGUGUGGGUGGUGCUGCUGACACAGUGCCGCUGCAAAAGGUGUGGGAGAGAAGCCAAGAUAAGGAGAAUUAUGACUAUCAAGCGAGUGCUGCACAGUAG